AUGGAUUCUGAUAGUCAUAUUGAUUAUGAUGAUGAUGAUGAUGAUGAUGAUGAUGAUGAUGAUGAUGAUGAUGAUGAUGAUGAUGAUGAUGAUGAUGAUGAUGAUGAUGAUGAUGAUGAUGAUGAUGAUGAUGAUGAUGAUGAUGAUGAUGAUGAUGAUGAUGAUGAUGAUGAUGAUGAUGAUGAUGAUGAUGAUGAUGAUGAUGAUGAUGAUGAUGAUGAUGAUGAUGAUGAUGAUGAUGAUGAUGAUGAUGAUGCUGAUGAUGAUGAUGAUGAUGAUGAUGAUGAUGAUGAUGAUGAUGAUGCUGAUGAUGAUGAUGAUGAUGAUGAUGAUGAUGAUGAUGAUGAUGAUGAUGAUGAUGAUGAUGAUGAUGAUGAUGAUGAUGAUGAUGAUGAUGAUGAUGAUGAUGAUGAUGAUGAUGAUGAUGAUGAUGAUGAUGAUGAUGAUGAUGAUGAUGAUGAUGAUGAUGAUGAUGAUGAUGAUGAUGAUGAUGAUGAUGAUGAUGAUGAUGAUGAUGAUGAUGAUGAUGAUGAUGCUGAUGAUGAUGAUGAUGAUGAUGAUGAUGAUGAUGAUGAUGAUGAUGAUGAUGAUGAUGAUGAUGAUGAUGAUGAUGAUGAUGAUGAUGAUGAUGAUGAUGAUGAUGAUGAUGAUGAUGAUGAUGAUGAUGAUGAUGAUGAUGAUGAUGAUGAUGAUGAUGAUGAUGAUGAUGAUGAUGAUGAUGAUGAUGAUGAUGCUGAUGAUGAUGAUGAUGAUGAUGAUGAUGAUGAUGAUGAUGAUGAUGAUGAUGAUGAUGAUGAUGAUGAUGAUGAUGAUGAUGAUGAUGAUGAUGCUGAUGAUGAUGAUGAUGAUGAUGAUGAUGAUGAUGAUGAUGAUGAUGAUGAUGAUGAUGAUGAUGAUGCUGAUGAUGAUGAUGAUGAUGAUGAUGAUGAUGAUGAUGAUGAUGAUGAUGCUGAUGAUGAUGAUGAUGAUGAUGAUGAUGAUGAUGAUGAUGAUGAUGAUGAUGAUGAUGAUGAUGAUGAUGAUGAUGAUGAUGAUGAUGAUGAUGAUGAUGAUGAUGAUGAUGAUGAUGAUGCUGAUGAUGAUGAUGAUGAUGAUGAUGAUGAUGAUGAUGAUGAUGAUGAUGAUGAUGAUGAUGAUGAUGAUGAUGAUGCUGAUGAUGAUGAUGAUGAUGAUGAUGAUGAUGAUGAUGAUGAUGAUGAUGAUGAUGAUGAUGAUGAUGAUGAUGAUGAUGAUGAUGAUGAUGAUGAUGAUGAUGAUGAUGAUGAUGAUGAUGAUGAUGAUGAUGAUGAUGAUGAUGAUGAUGAUGAUGAUGAUGAUGAUGAUGAUGAUGAUGAUGAUGAUGAUGCUGAUGAUGAUGAUGCUGAUGAUGAUGAUGAUGAUGAUGAUGAUGAUGAUGAUGAUGAUGAUGAUGAUGAUGAUGAUGAUGAUGAUGAUGAUGAUGAUGAUGAUGAUGAUGAUGAUGAUGAUGAUGAUGAUGAUGAUGAUGAUGAUGAUGAUGAUGAUGAUGAUGAUGAUGAUGAUGAUGAUGAUGAUGAUGAUGAUGAUGAUGAUGAUGAUGAUGAUGAUGAUGAUGCUGAUGAUGAUGAUGAUGAUGAUGAUGAUGAUGAUGAUGAUGAUGAUGAUGAUGAUGAUGAUGAUGAUGAUGAUGAUGAUGAUGAUGAUGAUGAUGAUGAUGAUGAUGAUGAUGAUGAUGAUGAUGAUGAUGAUGAUGAUGAUGAUGAUGAUGAUGAUGAUGAUGAUGAUGAUGAUGAUGAUGAUGAUGAUGAUGAUGAUGAUGAUGAUGAUGAUGAUGAUGAUGAUGAUGAUGAUGAUGAUGAUGAUGAUGAUGAUGAUGAUGAUGAUGAUGAUGAUGAUGAUGAUGAUGAUGAUGAUGAUGAUGAUGAUGAUGAUGAUGAUGAUGAUGAUGAUGAUGAUGAUGAUGAUGAUGAUGAUGAUGAUGAUGAUGAUGAUGAUGAUGAUGAUGAUGAUGAUGAUGAUGAUGAUGAUGAUGAUGAUGAUGAUGAUGAUGAUGAUGAUGAUGAUGAUGAUGAUGAUGAUGAUGAUGAUGAUGAUGAUGAUGAUGAUGAUGAUGAUGAUGAUGAUGAUGAUGAUGAUGAUGAUGAUGAUGAUGAUGAUGAUGAUGAU